GUGGCUGCGAGAGCUGCGUGGAGAAACCGCCGUGAUCGAGCUGUCUAGUUUCUCUAUUUUUUUCAAGAAUGUCGAGAUUUAAGAGCAUUGUAUGGCCCAAGGUCAUUCUUUAUGGAGACUCUAUCACACAGUUUUCUUUUGAACAUUUCGGGUGGGGGUCCUCCAUAUCAAGUAAGCUUGCUCGGAAAUGCGACGUAAUAAAUCGUGGUCUGUCUGGGUAUAAUAGCGAAUGGGCUAAGAUUAUUCUGCCACGGGUUAUCAACCAGGAGAACAUGGACACACAGAACAUCGCAGCAGUCACCAUCUUCUUCGGAGCAAAUGACUGUGCCUUGAAAGAAAAGAACCCACAGCAACACAUCCCUAUUGAAGAGUAUGCUCUGAACCUUAAGAGCAUGGUCCAGUAUUUGAAGACUGUUGGUGUCCCUGAAGAGAAAGUUAUUCUAAUAACAUCACCCCCUCUGGACGAGGCAGCUUGGGAAAAGGAGUGCAUUGUGAAAGGGUGUGCUCUGAACCGUCUCAAUGCCGUUGCUGGACAGUAUGCCCAAGCCUGUGUUCAGGUAGCUGCAGAGUGUGGGGCUGAGGUCCUUGAUCUCUGGACCCUGAUGCAAAAGAAUGGCCAGGAUUUUUCCUCAUAUUUGUCUGAUGGACUUCACUUGUCAGACAAAGGGAACGAGUUUGUCGCACUGCACCUGUGGCAUCUACUGGAGAAGCGAGUGGCCAGCCUGCCCCUGAUCCUGCCAUACUGGGCAGACGUGGAUCCUCAUAGUCCUGAAACAAGCCUACUGAAAGAUUCUGGUCAAGAAAAAUAGCAGUGUCAUCGGGUCUUUGAAACCUACCAAUCGUGCAGCUGUUUGCUACAUGCAAGCCUGAGAAGCUCCCAAGCUGCUAAAACCACUGUUUGGGGGAGAUACCCUAUUUCAAGUCACUGUUGAGACUGUUUAUUUGUCUGUUAUGUAGUACUCUAUACACACACACACACGAACACACACAGUAUUAUUUGCUCUUGCAUACAUUGCAAGAACAAAGGUACUCUGGGAUUCCUAAAGGAGACAACCACAUAAUGUUUCACUCAGGGAUGUUUUAAAAUGAACAGUGAUCUUCAGAAAAGUAUUUCCAGGAAAACUGUUCUGAUGCUUUCAAAUGAAUCACUCACUGAAUUUGUUUUGAAAUAAAAUGAUUUAAGCGAGUGCUUGCAGAAAUGCACCGAUGUAAGCAGGAAAACAUGUAGAUGCAAGUGUCUUUUUUUGUGUAUGACGAAUGUCGGCCAAACAGAACGCUUUCAAUUGUCUCCUCUGCACGAGGACUGUUCAAAUCUCUUGAGCUGCCUUGACUUCCUGGUAGUGGAGCUCAUGUGAGGAUGAUGCGGCUUUAGCCACUGACUGCUUUAUCUGUCAGUCAAGAGAGAUAUACUAUACUGUAUGUUAAAUUAGGAUGGGCAAAAAAAACCAUAAGUCAUUAGUUUUAAGUUUGUAUAUACAAUUGUUAAAGUUUUACUUAACCAAAACUAUAGAAGUACUGCAUUGCACAAUGAGUCAUUUUUAAUUAAUUUAUUAACUUUCGUGGGCAAAAUGGGUCUUGAUUAAUUUUUCCUGCCUGUGGUGCUUUUCUAUGGCCUGUUUCAGGUAAUAACAUCCACAUGUGUGUAUAUUUAAUACAAAAACAGCUCAUUUAAUAGCAUACUGGCAAACAUUUCUUUGCUUUUACAAGUGAAUUAUAUUAAUUACAGGGGAAGAGAGAGACCUGCACCAAAUGCAGUGUUUUUUUUAUUUUUUAAGCAGUAUUUAUACAGUAUGGUGUAACUCUAAAUGCCACAAGGUUGUUUCAUGUGUUAUGUGAAAUUUACCCCUUCAUUUAAAUUACCAAUAUAGAUGAUUUUUAUUUUAUUUUUUUUAAAUGCAAGGGUAACAGGUGUAAAUAUUCUUAGGAAUUGUGGGUUGGCUUGAUAAGGUGUGGCCAUUCACAGCAUGUAAGUCUCUUACUGUGUCCUCUUCAAAAGCAGGGUACAAACUUCUAAGAAAGUAUGCAUUUAAGUGGGGCUAAAA